CAGCUUGCCAUCAUCCAACACGUGCGGGAUUGCAUGUCUUGCUUCGUAGCCCCCAGGCUGCUGUGGAGCACGCAGACUCCUUUCCUCUAUCCAUGUCUCGAUAGCACGUGGACGGCUACAACAUCGACCCUGCGAAAUGCAGCACGAACCCGCCUGCCGAAGCACCACCUUCGCCGAACCUCCCAUCAAGCUACUACCGCCAGCACGCCUCAGGAUGCAUGGCCAUCCGUAGACGUCACCAAAUACGAUCACCUCGAUCCUCGACCACCUGAGUACUCCAGCAAUUACUUUGUCGACUCUUGCGUCGUCCAAUUGCAAGCUGGCGCCGGUGGGCAUGGCUGCAUCUCUUUCCUGCGCGAGAAGUACGUCCCCAAUGGACCCGCCGACGGUGGAGAUGGUGGCACGGGCGGAAAUGUCUUCAUCCAAGCUGUCAAGGGCGAGACGAGUCUGCACAAGAUUGCAAGGAGGCCCAUCGUGAAAGCGGGGCGAGGGAAGAAUGGCGAAGGAAGUCAGAGGGGAGGAAAGCGAGGCGACGAUGUGCUGAUUCAAGUGCCGGUUGGAACAGUGGUGCGAGAAGUAUCGCGUCGGGACCCAUUGGAGGAAGAGACAUUGGCGGAGCGCAAGGCUAGACGAGGCUAUGGCCGAGAUCUGAAAGAGGACGACACUCGUGAGGAUGAUGGGACAGAUCAGACGGGCAAGUGGCGGCGCGACAAGUGGCUGCUCUAUCCGGGCACACUGCCCAAAUACUUCACGACUGCCGACUUCCCUGCGCUCCCACGGCCCAGACGAAGCAAUCUCGUCGCAUCACAGCCUCUCGCCCCAAUCCGUCUGGAUCUGGAUGAGCCAAUGAGCAGCCCGAUGCUUCUCGUUGCAGGAUCAAUGGGUGGGCUCGGAAAUCCGCACUUUGUCACGAAAAGCAUACCACGUCCAAAAUACGGCACGAAAGGAGAGGAAGGUGUCACCGUCAAACUCCAGUUGGAGCUGAAGAUUCUGGCUGAUGUCGGCCUGGUCGGUCUUCCAAAUGCCGGCAAAAGUACUCUGCUUCGCGCCCUUACCCGCUCACGAACUCGAAUCGGUGACUGGGCAUUUACGACGCUCUCUCCAAACAUUGGGACAGUGGUGUUAGACUCCUACCGCGGUCGCACUCACUUGACCGAUAGCAAAAAGGGAGAGGCAAGGCCAAAUCUCACCAUUGCGGAUAUUCCUGGCCUGAUUGAAGGCGCCCAUCUGGACAGAGGCCUUGGACUGGGCUUCUUGCGCCACAUCGAGCGCGCGGCCGUGUUGGCCUUUGUCGUCGAUCUUUCCGCCGGCGAUGCCGUGGCCGCUCUGGAGGCGCUGUGGAAAGAACUGGGCGAGUACGAAAAAUUGCGAGAACAGAAUCUGAACUCCGACACCGAAGGGCCGGCUCCAGAUGCGCAGGGCUUGAUUCCGUUUCAGCCAUUUGCGUCCUCGAUAUCUCCAGCCUUCGAUCCCGAACCACCGUCCUCCGAAGACGGUGAUGUGGUGCUGAAUGCACAAUCCGAUCGCGUUCUAGAGCCCUUGCGCCUCCCGCCAAUCUCAGCAAAGCCGUGGCUUGUCGUGGCGACCAAGGCAGAUCUAGAUGCGACGCAGGAGAACUUCGCCCAGCUGGAGGCGUAUUUGAAGCGCGUGCAACAGGGUGAAGAGGAGCAUCCAAGCGGCAAGACCAAUGCGUGGCGGAGACAAAUGUACGCUGUGCCUGUGUCUGCGCUUCGGAAGGAGGGCGUACAGAGGUUGCCGGAGAUUGUGCUGGAACUUUUGGACGCAUAGAAUUUCAGGUCGGCGCUUACGCUCGACACGCGGGUGACCUGCAUGCCGUAGACAACGGGGACGUCCAUUAGCGCAGCCUCGAACAGUCCAAUUGUCAUCGUCAAAUUUGACAUUAAGCUUUGGCACAGCUGCAGCGUGAAGGGUACACCCACUAGCGCUUAAAGACAGGACCAAUCGAACUGAACUUCCCCAG